AUGGACCCUAUCCACGCGGAGAGUAAUUUUGCCUAUCAUGGUCUUCAAACUAAGUCCGCUGGCAACAAUGAGACUGAUGUAAUCAAAGGAAUGGCUCAGACUGAUCAAGUGAAGUCUCUAAUUAGAACCUUCCUUGAAGACAUCAAGUUUGACCGCAGCAGCCCUUUCAUCAAGGACCAUCAAAUGGAAGUUGCUGUGUGGCAAUAUUUCAAAAGCCUGAAUUUGGGCCAGAAGAUGGAAAAUUCAGUCCAACGAACUCUUAAGCUGUCUGUGACCUUUACCCAUCAGGCAUACACAGCACUUCCUUUCGACAUCAGAGUCCUAUGUGCCAUACAAUUUUUGUACAUGUUCCUGGUCGACGAUGUAGCUGAAGUUUUCAUGAGUGAUCUUCAGGCAUUUGGUCAAAAUUUUGUCCUAAACAAACCCCACAGUAACACCCUGUUGGAUGGAUUCGAUUGCCAUCUUCGCAACCUUUCCUUUCAUUAUGGCCCCUAUUGCCACUCUGCGAUCAUCAAAUCCUUGAUUGAUUAUGUCAAUGGUCGCAUCAUCGAGCAUAGGAUGGAACAGUCCAGCUUCAAAUUCUCUGCGGAGUCCCGACUUAUGCCUAUGUUUCUUCGAACUAAGGUCGGGGGCGCAGAGAUCCUUGUUCAUCUUCUCUAUCCAAAGGCCAUCUUUCCCGAGGACGAGUAUGUCAUUCAAUACUUCCCCGCAAUCCAGGAACUAGUUCUUUUUAUCGAUUUUGCCAAUGACAUCUUGUCCUAUUACAAGGAGUUCUGCCUUGAUGACGAAAAGGGAAAUUUCGUUGCCAACUUUGCCGAUACGCACAAUAUACAGCAUUUGGAUGUCUUGAAGUAUCUCACCAGCUAUACACCUAAGUUACUGAAAUCGGUGUACCAACUAUUGAACAGUAACUUAUCUUUGCUCCAAUCAGUUGAAACCUUCACCCGAGGAUGGAUUAUGCUUUGUACGGCGCAUCGCAGAUAUCAUCUGGUGGAACUGUUUGCUGACGAACAGUAUUUGCCACCUUAUGAUGAAGAUGCCUAG